UCGGGUCGCCGCGCCUUUCGCUUUGCAGCCGAGGUUGGGCUGCGGGAGGAUCGGGCUAGGCGGCCGGUUGUGCUGGCGUCCCUCUAGGGCGUCGCCGAGGGGCGCUCUGCGUGCAGCCUUCCCAGUCCAGGGCUCCCCUGCCGAGGCGCCCGCGUCCCCGGGCUUCCUGCCUCGGGCCCCCGCGGCCCCGAUGCCGAGGCAUGGAUAGAGCGGUGCUGCGCCGCGCGGCGAUGGGGGAGAAGAAGGAGGGCAAGGAGGGCGGCGGCGGGGGCGCCGCGGCGGCCACGGACCGGGGCUCGGGGGCCGCAGCCAGUCGGGCGCUGCAGCAGUGCGGACAGCUUCAAAAGCUCAUCGACAUCUCCAUCAGCAGCCUGCGCGGGCUGCGCACCAAGUGCGCUGUGUCCAACGACCUCACCCAGCAGGAGAUCCGGACCCUGGAGGCCAGACUGGUGCGGUAUAUCUGUAAGCAGCGGCAGUGCAAGCUCAGUGUGGCCCCUGGCGACAGGACUCCUGAGCUCAACAGCUAUCCACGCUUCCGAGACUGGCUGGACACAUUCAGCGUCAGGCCGGAGGUGGCACAGGAGAUCCUCCGAGAGCUCACCGGGGAUCAGCUGGAUGCCCUGCUGGAGAUGGACGAGGCCAAGACAAAGGAGAUGCUGCAGCGCUGUGGGGCCAGCGCCGAGGAGUGUGGCCGCCUGCAGCAAGCCCUUACCUGUCUGCGGAAGGUGACAGGCCUGGGAGGGGAGCACAAGGAGGACUCUGGCUGGGGCUCUUGCGAGGCUCGUCGGGAAAGCAGCUCAGGGCCAUGCGUGGACUCUCUGUCACCGGCCACCGUGCCCUGGCCCCCUGGGAGCUCCCUGCUGGGCAGAGGGGGCAGUGGUGCCCAGGGUGCCUGUGACUCCCCGGCUCCUGGCCUCAGUGUGGGGGUCUUGGACACCUGUAGCCUGCUGCAUGCCAGUGGCCGGCUGACGCCCCGUGGUCCACACAGUCUCAUCACCCCUCCCACCACGCCCCAGUUGCGCCGCCAUGCCAAGCUGAAGCCGCCCCGGACGCCCCCGCCACCCAGCCGCAAGGUCUUCCAGCUGCUGCCGAGCUUCCCCGCACUCACCCGGAGCAAGUCACAUGAGUCGCAGCUGGGAAACCGCAUUGACGAGGUGUCCUCCAUGAGGUUUGAUCUCUCUCAUGGAUCCCCACAGAUGGUACGAAGGGACAUCGGGCUCUCAGUGACACACAGGUUCUCCACCAAGUCCUGGCUGUCGCAGGUCUGCCACGUGUGCCAGAAGAGCAUGAUGUUCGGAGUGAAGUGCAAGCACUGCAGGUUGAAAUGCCACAACAAAUGUACCAAGGAAGCCCCUGCCUGUAGAAUCUCCUUCCUUCCACUAACCCGGCUUCGGAGGACAGAAUCUGUCCCCUCGGACAUCAACAACCCAGUGGACAGAGCUGCUGAGCCCCAUUUUGGAACCCUCCCCAAGGCACUGACAAAGAAGGAGCAUCCUCCGGCCAUGAACCACCUGGACUCCAGCAGCAACCCGUCCUCCACCACGUCCUCCACACCUUCUUCGCCAGCGCCCUUCCCAACAUCGUCCAACCCGUCCAGUGCCACCACACCCCCCAACCCCUCACCUAGCCAGCGGGACAGCAGGUUCAACUUCCCAGCUGCCUACUUCAUUCAUCAUAGACAGCAGUUUAUCUUCCCAGACAUUUCCACCUAUCCCCAGGCAGUGCCGCCCCCUGAUGCCACCGACAGUACCCGGCUUGAUGACCAGCCAAAAGCUGAGGUGGUGGAGGCCCACGAGGUGGAGACCGAGGAGCCAGAGGCUGGCAAGUCAGAGCCUGAGGAUGAUGAGGAUGAGGUGGACGACCUGCCAAGCUCCCGCCGGCCCUGGCGGGGCCCCAUCUCCCGCAAGGCCAGCCAGACCAGCGUGUACCUGCAGGAGUGGGACAUCCCCUUCGAGCAGGUGGAGCUGGGCGAGCUCAUCGGGCAGGGCCGCUGGGGCCGUGUGCACCGUGGCCGCUGGCAUGGCGAGGUGGCCAUUCGCCUGCUGGAGAUGGACGGCCACAACCAGGACCACCUGAAGCUGUUCAAGAAGGAGGUGAUGAACUACCGGCAGACGCGGCACGAGAACGUGGUGCUUUUCAUGGGCGCCUGCAUGAACCCGCCCCACCUGGCCAUCAUCACCAGCUUCUGCAAGGGGCGGACAUUGCACUCGUUUGUGAGGGACCCCAAGACGUCACUGGACAUCAACAAGACCAGGCAGAUCGCUCAGGAGAUCAUCAAGGGCAUGGGGUACCUGCAUGCCAAGGGCAUUGUGCAUAAAGAUCUCAAAUCCAAGAACGUCUUUUAUGACAAUGGCAAAGUGGUCAUCACAGACUUUGGGCUAUUUGGGAUCUCGGGUGUGGUCCGAGAGGAACGGCGUGAGAACCAGCUGAAGCUGUCCCAUGACUGGCUGUGCUACUUGGCCCCCGAGAUUGUGCGCGAGAUGACCCCCGGGAAGGACGAGGAC